GUUUCUGCGCAUGCUCGGUGCGCCCCGAGAAGGUCAGUCGAUUGGUGGGACGGGGAGAGAUCAAAGAUGUGGUACGAGAUCUUGCCGGGUCUCUGCAUUAUGGCUGGCUGCCUGACGGUGCCCGGUUUCGCUACCAUCUACCUUCACAAGUGGACGAACGGCGGCAAGGAAAAGCGGAUUGCUCGUUUACCAUAUCAUUGGACCCUGCUGGAUCGAGACAGAAGAGUGUCUGGUUGCAAAACCUAUUACAAAGCAAGGGGAUUAGAAAACAUCGACUGAUGGGCUUUUCACCUCAAACUACGGGACCCAUGACCCUGCAGGAGACUGGUCACUAAAACCUGAACUUUAAUCUUUGUUUCAUGAAGUAAUUUAGAAUAAAAUUGAAAAUAAAAAUGUGAACUAGU